AUGUCGAAAACGAUCAGGUAUGGACAGCAGAUACGGUGCAAUGCAAACCUGACGGGUCUCUGUAGGUCGGAACUGGUGUGAUUCCUAGUUCCAGCUCUAACUUAAAAUUUUUCAUGAAUAAGCUUAAAUAUGUCAAUCAAGAGCUUUCCAGAGCAACAAGCGACAAAUCCUCCAACCACUUCAACAUCAACUUCGACUUCAACCUCGACAAAGACCUCUACAACGACCCCUACCACUACCUCUACAACGACUCCCACUACGACCCCUACAACAACCCCUACAACGACCCCUACAACAACUCCUACAACAACCCCUACCACUACCCCUACCACUACCCCUACAACAACCCCUACCACAACCCCUACAACGACCCCUACCACAACUCCAACCACCACUACGAUCCCAACAACGACGACUCCAACGACCACUUCAACGCCCACAACUACUUCCACUAG